GAGAGGGACAUGCUGGGAGGAGCACUCCUCCGGGCGCAGGGUGACGAGACGGCGGCGCUCCCACCGGAGCGCUACUCCCGCCAUAGGACGUCCGGAGCAUCGGCCGUGAGAACUACCACUCCCAGCGCACUUCGCGGCUGAGCCGCUGCUACAGAGCGGGAGGAAGGACAAAAGUUAUUCACCGCAACUCGCUCGGCGCACAUACACGCCCUAGUUGGUCUUGAUUGCUGUCUGGGGCGUUGAAGGGCAGGGGCCUGCGGAGAAUGGAGGAGAAACCCUCCACCAGUAUCAAGCCCUACCUGGACAAGCUGACCCUGGGGGUCACACGGAUCCUGGAGACUUCUCCAGGAGUUGCUGAGGUGACAUUUGUGGAAAAAGAGCCAGCAGAACGCCACACAAUCAUUUCAUGGGAGCAAAAAAACUCCUGUAUAUUGCCAGAGGAUUUAAAGAACUUCUAUCUGAUGACUGAUGGCUUCCAGAUGAGUUGGAGUGUGAAGACUGACGAUACCCCCAUGCCGCUGGGCUCCAUGGUGAUUAAUAGCAUUGCAAAGCUGUGUCAGCUUGGGGGUUCCUCUAUGUACUCUCUGCCUAAUGCACCAACUCUUGCUGACCUGGAAGAUGACACAGAUGAGGAAGAUAAUGAAGACAAACCAGAGAAGCCACACUUUGAUUCUCGUAGUCUUAUCUUUGAAUUAGACCCAUGCAAUGGGAAUGGAAAAGUUUGUCUUGUUUAUAAGCAUGCUAAACCAGUUGUCUCCCCAGACACAGAGAUAUGGUUCCUGGACAGAGCUCUGUAUUGGCAUUUCCUCACCAAAACCUUCACAGCCUACUACCGCUUGCUCAUUACUCACCUGGGUCUCCCACAGUGGCAGUAUGCCUUCACCAGCUAUGGGGUCAGCCCACAGGCCAAGCAAUGGUUUAACAUGUAUAAACCCAUAACCAUCAACACAGCUUUCCUCUCUGAAGAAGCUGAUUGCUUUGUAAACAAACUGGACCCCAAUAAGGUAUUUAAAAGCAAGAACAAAACUCCAGUGAUCAAAAAGAAAUCACCCUCCCAUCCAGCAGGCUCCCAGAAGAGUCACACAAGCAUGACCUCCUCCAAGACAUCCUCACUAGCUGGGAAUUCUUCAAGGAAGUGAGACCCCCAGAUCUGACUCUGGACAACAUUUGCAGUAAGCUUUUAUGUUCUCUGAUGCAGAGUCCCAGUGGUUUGGACCAGGUUCCUUGUGCAUGAAUAGGACUGCCCAUGGAAAACACAUUGCAGCAUUUGCAUGAAAUACAGCCUCGAGCUGCUUCAACAUGGGAGUGAUGCAGAAACUAGAGACUGAGAAAAGAGCCCUGCAACAUUGGUUUUAGCCCCCUCUGCUGCUUGCAGACGUGCUUUCCAGAAGACACGAAGAAGCCCUUGAUGUCACUGCUCUAUAGAGAAGAAGCUUUUGUUCCUACUCAGUGAGAAGAAAGCAAAUACAAGUCACUGUUACUUUAACAGACCCAUGCUGGAAUACAUGGUAUUUCUGUCGUCUCCUUUGAAAGAAACCUGCACUGACCUUGCAUGCUGUGGGAGCAGACUGAAACUCACUAAAGGAAUAUAUUCUGCUCCACACAGAAUCAAACUUUGCGCUUUCUUGUACUCCUUCCAACUUUGACUCUAAGAUUCAUAGUAAAAGAGAUCAGGGGCCUCCAUGUCUCUGCACCAGCCUAGUCACUUGCUUUACAGCCCAGACCAGUUCUUGGCAUUUGUGCCAUUUCUUUCCAGAUCACAGGAUAUUAGAGGUUGGGAGGGACCAAAGAGAUCAUCGAGUCCAACCCCCCUGCCAGAGCAGGACCAUACGGUCUAGCUCAGCUCACAGAAGAAUACAUCCAGAUGGGCCUUGAAAGUCUCCAGAGAAGAAGAUUCUGCAGCCUCUCUGGGGAGCCUGUUCCAGUGCUCUGUGACCCUUACAGUAAAGACGUUCCCCCUUGUUUUGAGGUAACACUUCCUGUGCUGCAGCUUACAUCAACUACUCCUUGUCCUAUCAGAGGAAGCAAGUGAGCAGAGCCUCUCCCUGCCUCCUGGCCCCCAGCCCUCAGAUAUUUAUAAACAUUUAUUAAAUCCCCUCCCAGUCUUCUCCUUUCAAGACUAAAAAGCCCCAGCCUCUCAUAUGGCAGUGCUCCAGUCCCCUAAUCAUCCUCAUAGUGCUCUGCUGGACCCUCUCCAACAGAUCCCUGUCCCUCUUAAACUGGGGAGCCCAAAACUGAAUGCAGUAUUCAAGAUGAGAUCACACUAGAGUAGAGUAGAGGGGGAGGAGAACCUCCCCUGAUCUGCUGGACACAUUCAUCUUAAUACACUCCAGGAUCCCAUUGGCCUUCUUGGCCACCAGGGCACAUUGCUGCCAUGUGGAUAACUUGUUAUCCACCAGACUCCCAGGUCCCUCUCCCCAGGGAGAUAGUGACCUCUAUGUGAUGCCCUUUCUGAUAACUGUGAAGGCAGCCAAAAGCUGCAAAAUUCCUCAUUCCACUUUUCCACUUUCUCCACUUGCAGGACAGAUCAGUGUUGCUAAGAGUUCCAUAAGCUAGGAGAACCUCUUGGUUUGUUACAAGUUCCAUUCAAGAAGUUGACCAUUCAAAUAGCUUUUCUGUUUUCAAUCUGGGAAUGGCUAAGAUCCUACAGUCUCAAAAGCCUCUGAUACUGUUUUCUGUACUGUAACUUUUCAGGUUAGAACUGCACUUUAACCCAUUGUCAUAGAGGCAGGGAAUUAAUGUGGCAGAGUCAGGAAUUAUAAAUAUAGGAUUAUUUUAUUUUCUUGAAACCCCUGCAGAUGAUCCCUUGCUGGAUUUCUCUGCAGCUCAUCUGCCUUCUGACACUCUAAGCAAGUGGGGAGAACCAACCAAAGGCAGGGAAGGUGGAAAACCAAGAGCUGUGUAAAAAGUAGGAGCCAUCCGAAAGUAGGGCUGUUCCAAAAUGAGAAUUCUUUCACAGCAAGAACCUGUCCUGUUGGGAGCUCUGUCAAGGCGGGAACUUUUUCAAGGCGGGAGCCACCUCAUGCCUUUUUGUGAUGGUUUGGGUCUUCCCCAGCCCCCCACACUUUAGAAAUUACCCAGAUUAGGCUCAGUCAGCUCCGGAAAUACGAAUGAAGCUAUUUAUUUACAGCUAGCACAAUAUACAAGCAGAUGUUUACAGUAUAUACAGUUAUAGGCAGAAAUAUACAAGGUAAAAGGUAAUACAGAAACACAACUCCCCUCCCAGAAACCUGAGUCCCCAGGAGGGGCUCUCAACCAUCCCUCACCUUCCCCCUAUCCCUUUCAACCUUACCUCAGUCCUAAGGAAGAAUAGAGGUUCAGCCACGAGGUUAAGAAACAAAGUGGGUUAGGCCAAAUGGAAAGUGAGGUUAGAGAGUAAGAUGUUGCUCAGUCAGCAGCCCAAGCGAGAGAAAAAUGGCAAGAGUGUUAUCUAAUAUGUUUUCAUUUCUUGUUCAGCAAGACUCUGAGCGAAAUAGACAUCACCACUGUUUUCCUUUCACAGCCUGUGAUCUAGUUCUUCUCACCAAAACAUUCUAGCUUGCUUCAAACUAGCACCCGUUUCCCCUCGCUCUGUUUAUCCUUUUCUAGACAAAGUGUCCAUUUGCCAUUUUAUACUAGGCAUAAAAGCCAGGCAACCACCAACUCAAUUCCCAGCAUGGGCUUCCACACGGGUCAGUACACCUGUGGAAAGGCACCUUUUGCUGUUCCUCCCUUCAAGCCUGCAGAGCAGGGCUGGGAAAGCAGUUUUCAAGCUUUCUUCUCCUCCCCAUUCAAAGGGGUAGCGGGGAGAAGAAAGGAAUUUGGAGUGCUCCGGAACACCCAUUCACUGCUGGUUUUCAGUUACAUCCAACCAUUCCCACUGUCUUCCUUCGUGUGCUGAAAACACGUGAUAGCAACCCACACAUUCUGUGCCUGAGCAGGAAAGUCAGUCACCAACUUCAAAUAAACAUUGAUUAUUUUAGCAGUAUCAAUUUUAUUUAUUAAUCACAUCAUUACAUAAGACAAGCCUACCUCACAGGGAUGUUGUGAGGCUUUCAUGAGUAUUUAUAUGGCCUUCAAAAAGGCAAAGCCACCUUGUAAAUGCUUAAUAGUAUUUUAAUAAAGACUUUAAUAUUUUCCUCCA